UUUUAUUUGUACUUCCUCUUCUUUGUUUUCUAGUUGUUUGAGUCCAACUGAGGGUAGGAGUGGACUCGGAAAAGAGGGUGAGAAGAGUAAACAACAAGGGGUCUAGAAACGGGAAUAUUCUUAGAAAGAGAAAGAGUUAUUCGCAAGUCUAGUGAGAGAGUGAAAAAUGCGAUCCCCUCACCCACCGGAGUAAAUGCCAUAUUUAUAGGCUACAUGGUGGUGGGUGAGUUACAUGGUGACAAGACUGCUGUCAAGUCAGAACUUUCGACCAUACUCCUACCUAGGACUAGGAGGCUUGUCCAUGAUUGUACCUAGGACUCUGAUGUGACCACUCUUCGAGGGAUACCGUGUCGUUUUCGAGGUAGGCUUGGCCUAGUCAACUCUUGGUUGAAACGCUGUCGUUCGGUCGUUUGGAGUUCAUGUCCGCGAGUGAGGCUUCCCCGCGCUCAAACUUCUCCCGUAAGCGCGGCUGUGAAUGUGGCUUUGGUUACAUUCUUGCUAUCGCGUCUAACCAAUCUAAGUCGGCGUUGCGCUGGCUCCUUGGCGCGUCUGGACCCGAGCCAUACACCCAACACUAGUGUUUUAUUUAUUUAUUUACCCAAUGCAUUGCUAGCGAAUUAUUAAUAUGAAUUUUAUAAAAUUUAUGGAUAGAUUCUUUUGUGAUUAGGGUAUUCAGGAAUUAACUAGUAGUCUCCUGUUGGGAUCAACAGUCAUCCUUACAUAUAUUAACUUGUAUUCAUGAAUUAACUUGUAUUAGAGUAUUCAUGAAUUGACUUGUACUCUCCCAUGAUUGAACAACAUGAAGCUAAUAUUCGUUGAAUUGUCUGAAAACAUAAGAAUACGAGAACAUUUAUGGGUCGCCUGAAUGAGGUCUUUUAAUUAAAAACAUGAGUCCCUUUGUGUCAAAUUACUCAAUUUACAAAAACAAAAAACAUCCAGACUGUCAUGUUUCUUCAUUCAAAAUGAAUCAUUAUGAGACAACUGCGACAAAUUAUUUUAUCCAAAUGCCUACGACCCCUGGAUUAGGACGGUGUUGAAGGAUAAUUGGCGUCAUAGUACACUAACAUGCAAAAUGACAUACAAAUGUAAAGGUUCAUUAAAAAAGGACGAAUAUGUUAAUAACAAUAAAAAUCAUGGACUAAAAUAACAAGAAAGGGUGACUUGCAGGCAGGGGCGGACUGUCACAUAUGGCAGAUGACAUGGUGCCAACAAGGUGACAACAUGGCGGCUGCACAUGUGGCGUGUAUGGAAGACUAGUAGCAUAGAGAUGCUCCUAGGAUUCUCCACCUAAAUGAGGGCUUAAUGAUGCACUUAUGAGUCACAUAAUGGGUGACAUUUAUAGAGUGCAUAAUGGGGGGACUUAAUGGGUGUAUUGAUGUAGUAGAGGGACAUUAUGAGGGGCAUUGAUGCCUUGUAUGAGGAGAGGCCUAUAUAAGGAGCCAUCUCCCUCACUUGUAACUCAUCCAUCAUUUUUGUGAGCAAUACAACUAUAGAGUUUCUCCCAUCUUCUUGUGUCUUGUUCUUGUGAGUUGAGUGAGUUUGAGAGCUUGUGAGAAGGCUGCCUAGUAUCUCUAACGGAAUUGAGAGCUAGGGCCGCACGACCAAGAGUAAGGCCGUGACAGUUGGUAUCAGAGCCUGGUUCUGAAAGAAGAACCGGUGUCCUCACUCCCCAAGAAGGAAGAUAAGAAAGAGCGAGAGCCUCACUAAAGAUGGCUGGAUCAGAAGUCCACGACGAUGCGGAGAAGCACCGUGGAAGGGAUACCGUGAAGAAUCCCAAACCAAAGGGUGACAAGUCAAGCACUCGUGAUCCUAUGACGUCUCUAGAGAGGCGUGUCUCUAGAAUGGAGGUGAAGUUGGCGGAAGACAUCAGUGCCAUCGAGGAUUUGGGAGCAAACUUCACCCAAGUCGAAAGCGAUUUUCAAGGUAUGAAUGCUCGUUUGUCGAGCUUGGAGAUUGGUAAUGAUGGCUUACGAGAAGAGCUUGUGGCCCUCAUCAACAACACCAUCACCACAUCCUUGAACAACGCCAUUGGAGUUGUCAAAGAGCAUGUCCAGGCUGAGCUGGUCGGCGUGAAGGAGGAGAUUGCAGACCUCAAGAGUGAGGUCACUCUCGUGAAGAGAGCCAUGGCUAACGGACCUGCCAUCGCACAACCUACCUCAACCAUGGAGAUUCCAAGACCAAAGAGCUUUCAAGGGUCGAGGAAUGCAAGGGAGUUAGAGAACUUCCUAUGGAGCUUGGAGCAAUACUUUGAAGCUUCGGGUAUUCGAGAUGAGAGUACCAAGGUAAAAACUGCACCUCUUUACUUGAGUGAUGUUGCUAUGCUGUGGUGGAGAAGGACCCAAGGCGAUAUCAGUAAAGGGACGUGCGUGAUGGAGUCAUGGGAUGACUUCAAGAGGGAGAUCAAGAAACAAUUCUACCCAGAGAAUGUUGAGUUUGAAGCCCGGUCGAGACUAAGGAGGCUUGCUCACGAAGGAGAGAUUCGAGGGUAUGUGAAAGAGUUUUCUGAAUUGUUGCUCGAGAUCCCCGACUACACCGACAAGGAGGCCAUGUUCACCUUCCUUGACGGCCUCCAACCAUGGGCGAAGUUGGAGCUACAACGGCGAGGCGUGCAAAGUCUUGCCGAGGCAAUGGCGAUUGCCGAGUCCCUAGUCGAGUACCACGAGCCGGAGGAACGUGCGGAGUUCGGAGGCAAUGGAGGUGGACGCGACUAUGAUAGAGACACACGAAGGCGUGGUAGACCGGACCAAGGAGGUAGUCAUAAGGUUGAGAAACCACUUACUUGCUUUCUUUGUGAUGGUCCACAUCGUGUGAGAGAUUGCCCAAGAAAGCACAAGUUGUCGGCAAUGAAGGCCGUACUAGCAGAGUGCUCGAGCUCGGAAGAGGAAGCAGAGGAGACUCCAAGAGUGGAGCCCCAUGUCGCGAAGAUGGGUUGCAUGAAGAGAUUGAGCGCCAUCAAGCGGGCGGAAGAGCCUCUCCAACCCGAGCAGCACGACCAAUGCUUCGUAGAGGCGAAGCUCAACCAAAGGAAAACAGAAGCCUUGGUUGAUACUAGGGCAAGUUGCAACCUUCUUGACGUAGGUGAAGCGCAGAGGCUAGGCAUCACGUACGAGAAGAAGCAAAGAGGGUGGAUGAAAGCUACCAACUCAAGGGCCACAAGAACUCAUGGAGUAGCGCGCCAGGUGCCACUCAAGCUUGGAGGAUGGACCGGGGUGGCAGACUUUGAGGUUGUGUCGUUGGAUGAUUAUCAGGUCAUCAUCGGCAUGGAAUUCAUGGUGCGGCAGAAAGCUUUCCCGAUUCCCUACGCCAAUAGAUUCUGCAUCAAUGGCGGAGCAAGAUCGGUUCCCAUGACAAGAGAGCAACUCGAGUCAAACAAGAGGUGUUUGGCAAGGCAAGAGCAGCGAGAAGUGGCAACGAUGGUGGAGGCAGCGGCUCACUCGAAGACUCGUUGGAGAAGGACGAGAAGGAGGAGUGCACAACAUCGUGGAGCCAUGAGAGACGAGGAUGUAUCAUCUUCGACUUGCCAAGAGAAGCAAGGAAAGGCCACCAUGAUCGAAAAGGCGGGACACUCAAAGACGCGACGGAGAAGACCGCGGAGGAGUGUGCAACAUCAUGGGAGCACAAGGCUCGAGAGCGAGCCAGGGCCAUCCUUGGUUUGGAGGAAGGUGCAACGAGACCUUGCAAGCAAUGAAGCUAAGGCAAGGGACGCGUAUGCCAAAGAGCCACGACGAGGGCGUCGUGGAUUGAGUGGAGGAGAAUGUCACCAACGAGGCUCAAGAGUCGAAAGAGGCUGCUCGAGGUCGAAGGAGGCAUUUCGUAGCAAGGACGCGACGAGGACGUCGCGAGCAUAGGUGGGGGAGGAUGUCACAUGUGGCAGAUGACAUGGCGCCAACAAGGUGACAACAUGGCGGCUGCACAUGUGGCGUGUAUGGAAGACUAGUAGCAUAGAGAUGCUCCUAGGAUUCUCCACCUAAAUGAGGGCUUAAUGGUGCACUUAUGAGUCACAUAAUGGGUGACAUUUAUAGAGUGCAUAAUGGGGGGACUUAAUGGGUGUAUUGAUGUAGUAGAGGGACAUUAUGAGGGGCAUUGAUGCCUUGUAUGAGGAGAGGCCUAUAUAAGGAGCCAUCUCCCUCACUUGUAACUCAUCCAUCAUUUUUGUGAGCAAUACAACUAUAGAGUUUCUCCCAUCUUCUUGUGUCUUGUUCUUGUGAGUUGAGUGAGUUUGAGAGCUUGUGAGAAGGCUGCCUAGUAUCUCUAACGGAAUUGAGAGCUAGGGCCGCACGACCAAGAGUAAGGCCGUGACAGGACCCACGGGUGUUUAGGGGUGUCCCUGGACACCCCUAAAUUUUGGGAAAACGAUUAUCCAACCACCGGUAGUAAUUUACGUAUUGACAAAAAAAUUAUAAUUGAUAGUCGGGGACACCCCUAAAUUUAAAAAAGUGAGUAUCCUACUCUCAUCUUUUAGUUUGAGUAUGAGAAUAUAAGUCGUAGUUUGGGUAAUUCAAACCUAGGACACUUUUAUUAUUAAUAAACAUAAUUUUCAUUAGGCUACAACUCAAAUGUUAUUCGAUUUUAAACACUGUGUAAUAGUAUAAUGUCAUUCUCUAUCUCUAAUUAUUUUCAAAAUCUAACAAUUAAACAAAUUUCAAGCUACCCUUAAUUUGUAUUGAUUUAUGGUUGUACAACAAGUAUUGAAAGAGUCUUUUCAGUUUUGGAUUACAUCAAGAGCAACUUUAGAAAUUGAAUAUGUGAUCAGUUCGUGAAUGAUUGUCUAAUAAGAUAUACAGAGACAAAUUCUUUUGAAUAGUGUAGACCCCAAGUGUGUUCUACAAUCAUUUUUUAAUAUGAAAACACAUUGUGAAUUUUUUCAAACUGUAUAAGUAAAGUAUUUCUUAUUUAAAUAUUAUUUAUUUUGUAUUAAUUAUUUUAGAACUAUUUAUAUUUAAUUUAUUUUUUAAAAGAGGACACCCCUAUGUAAAAUUUCUGGGUCCGCUAUUGCUUGCAGGAGAGAGUCACAGAUUUCGUGAAUUCAGGGUCGUUUGGUUUUAGUGAUAAUUUGGUUGGGAUAGUUACAAUGCAUGUAAUGUCCACAAUGCAUUGUUUUUUUGAAUUUUCUGCGCAAACAAUACAUAAAUUGUUUGCUUGAUUUGACACAAACUAUCACUCAAAAUGAGUGAUAGUUAAAUCUCAAGUUUUCGUUGAGAUUGUUGAGAUUGUUUGAUGGAGAUUGUUGUGUUUUCUUCUUCUUCCAAAUAUGUCCCUACCUUUUUAUGUGUGUUGCUUUUUUAUAUUAAAAACAAAGGGUAAAAGUGACAUUUCACCCAAAAAGUGGUAUAAUUGAUUUAAAUACUACAAUAACUAUUACAGAAACCAAACGAUGUAAACUACAAUACACCAAUUUUUUUAUAUACAUAUAUAUUAUUAUGUAUGCAUUGAUGACAAUACAUCGAUUUAACUAUCACCAAAACCAAACCAACCCUCAAACUCAUCCUACCCGAAACUCCCCGGUAUGGAAUGCAUUUGGCAAUUUGCCUUUCUCCUCGUCGCCACCGCCACUGCUACUAGCCCUUAGGCCUUUAUCUCUCUCUCUCUAUCCCCUCCCAAGUAACGUAAAUAUCACAACAGAUCUUUUGGGUUUUCGAUCGACAUCUCCAAUAUUCGCACCAAUUUUGGCAGCCUAGCUAAGCUUAGCAUUAGCAUAGCAAGCAACACAUAAAUGAAUACAGUUAUUUAGC